AUGGAGCAGAUCAUGCAGAUGCAGGACGAUAUCCACAAGCUCAAGAAGCUCAUGGACUCGGUGUUUGAAAAGAUCGAAAACCAGUCGGACCAGAACCCGUACGACACGAUGGACGCCUAUUCGGACAAGGACCGAAUCGUCGAGAUGCUCAAUCGCCUGAGCUCCAGGAUGGCAGAUGCAGACAUGUCGAACCUGACCGCAACGCCAACAAAAGAUGCCACGGCUGAGGACAUUGCAGAGCUCAAGCAAAACAUCAAUCGCAUCGAGGCGGAGCGCCAGAACAUCAACCGCCGCGCCGGUGCGUCGCUUAAGGGAGUCUUGUAG